UAUACUUUGUAAUAAGCUGAUGAGAAGCGCAGGAGGCGAAGAAGCAGUCACACAAUGGACCACAUCGAGAAGGAAUCUGGCCGCUCUUUGGGAACUGCAGCAGCAAAUGAUAGAAUGAAUACUUCCCUGGAACGCGUCCCCUCGUCCAAGAGCUUUGCUCUGUCUCGAGAAAACAGCUCCAAGAGCGUUCAUGAUCACCAAAACGAAGAUGACAGCACCAGAUUGAACGAGUCAUGGUUCCAACAAGUACUCACCAAUGCGCGGGAAUCAGCAACACAAACAAUAUCGGAUCCAAUGGCAGAAGCGACAGUCCGAGGGGCAGGGAUCGCUCCUGAGCCUCCUUCAGGAGCGAAUGCCAAAACAUCUCAUCAACCUGGUGACCCAUCAGACGAGAAAAAGGCCCCUGCACAAAAGGACCAUCCUGCUUCCAAAACUUCCAAGAGUACCAGCAGCACUGGAGAAGCCAGACUGCGCGAUGAGAAACACCCCAAAAGUGAAGCGGAAAAGAUAGUCGAAGGUUUUGAAAAUGGCGGCAGGGUUCCUGACCAUGGGAACAGCAAUAAUGGAAGGAGUAGGAUACUAGACAAUGAUACCAGUGAAUACGAUGAAAAGAGAAUCCUUUGCGAGAAGGCCUCGGGCAGCGAGCAGAACCAGCCAACACCACCGCCUACAGAACAAUCCGUGAAAAUAGGGAAAAUAUCCAGAGCGUCGGCAGGCAAUCUUGAAGGGGGAAACAUCAACGAAGAUAGCUCCGUUGAGGAAGUUCCUCCUCGGCGAUCAACCCGGGAAUCGGCUCCGGGUGCCUUCCGAUCGGACGGGACGGAGACUGUGCCAACUCAACCGGUACGAUACUCUCUCUUGGCAGCAUCCACCCAUGGGCAGAACGCCGAAGACGAAUCAGCCUCUAUGUCUCAGCUUGAAACCACCGCGGCGCCAAUCCCACCAUUGCCAGCUUCUUCAAACGGCGACAACAACAAUACAACCCGAGGAAGCUCCAACUUCCUAGUGGUGGCGAACCCAAUCAGUAGCCAUUUUAUGCAAUUGGCAGAGGAAGUCGGAAACAGCGACGACAGCCGCCGCACAAGUCAAGCAUCGGAGAAGUCCAACCUUUUGUUGGCUGGCACCAUUUCGGUGGUCCUCCUGGUGGGUCUGACACUGCUGUUGGUAGUCCUGCUGACGGGAACCUCGACCGACGACGACAGCAACAACAUUACCGGUACGGUUACCCCAGACGCCGGUCCAACCCCAGCACCAUCAUUGGGAAUUGAAACCUAUGUACAGUCAUUACUCCCGGAAUACACAGUGACAGCUCUUAGGAGUCCCUCAUCGGCACAAUCUUUGGCAUACCAAUGGCUCUUGGAUGAUCCAGCUCUGACAAACUACCCCGCUUGGCGUAUCCAACAACGUCUUGCACUGGCCAUCUUGUUCUUCUCUACAGAUGGGGACAACUGGAAUGAAGCAACACACUGGCUCAGCUAUGAUCACCAUGAAUGCGAUUGGUAUUCCAGCACUUUCCUUCGUUGGGAUCUGGCCAAGGAAGAGUUUGGCACCAUUUUAGAGGAUAUAAAACAAUAUUUUGCUGACAGUGUUUGUCAGGAAGGAAAAUACAAUCACUUGAGGCUGCAUUCAAACCGUCUCCAAGGUACUGUUCCUCAAGAGCUCGGUUGGUUGUCUUCACUCAAGACGCUUCUUCUGUUUAUCAAUGACAUCACUGGGAGCAUUCCCACCGAGAUUGGACAUUUGAAUGAGCUGGAGAUCUUUGGCUGUGUUGCCUGUUUCUUGACUGGCCAGGUGCCGACCGAAAUUGGUUUGCUCAGCAAUCUGAUAGGAAUUGGCGUGUAUGUCAAUCCUUUCCUGAAUUCUACGCUGCCAACUGAACUGGGCCUGCUGGAGAAGUUGGAAGCUGCCUACCUGGGGGGCACUGACUUGUUUGGAACCAUUCCAACGGAACUAGGGCAACUGACAAACAUAAUUUCAUUGUGGACAGGUGGCAAUGAGCUUGAAGGUUCCCUGCCAAGUGAGCUUGGCUUGCUCACACAAAUGAUGGAAUUUUCGGCCUCCAGAAACAACAUGACAGGAGAAAUACCACUGGAGAUUUGGUCCCUGCAGCACAUGUCACACUUGGAGUUGCAGUCCAAUAAGUUGGAGGGGUCUCUUCCGACAGAGAUAGGCCUCCUUACUUCGGCCACUUGGCUGAGUCUCUCAGAAAACAGCCUGAAGGGUUCCUUGCCAUUGCAGCUGUCCCAUUUGACAGGCUUGGAAGAGUUGUACCUGGGUUCCAAUGCCUUUACUGGCUCCCUUCCUUCAUCCAUUGGACGACUUCGCAACCUGACAAGGUUGGUUCUCUCCAACACGACACUGACAGGACAACUUCCUAGCGAGCUUGGGCUUUUGACAAAGCUGACUAGAUUGGAUCUGUUGGACAAUCCAUUCCUCACAGGCACCAUUCCAGAGGGUCUGUGUAGCCACGGUAUUCUCUUUACAUGCUCCGAAACUCUGUGUGGUUGUGACUGCAGUUGUACUGGAACCUAACUUCUAACGGUAGACUACAUGUACCAGUAGCUAGUUGGAGAAGCUUCACAGUAGCAUUCGGGCUCAGCGAUUCGACGCUAGCUAGCUAGCUAGCUAGCUACUAGGUGGCAGUUCUGCUACCAGUUUCUAUGGUGCAGUUCCAAGCUCAAGACGAGCAAUACAGCAGUCUGAAGCUUGGAGCAGCAGUUGUGGCUGACCACGGGGGUGGGGGCGUUCAUUCGCGGAGUUUCACUACAGUGUAUUGCAUCUACUAGGACCGCCAGUUUCUAUCGUGC